ACAGUAUCCACCCUUGUUGUUAGAGCCUGUCAAAUAGAUUGAAAUGUAAAGGUUAAGUUAUCGUGUCCAUUUUAUUUCGUUAUUAUAUUUCAUAAUAUAAUAGCCAUAAAAAUAUCCACAAUGAAUUUGAAGAAAUAGCUUUAAUUUGUUAGAAGCGUUAACUUAAACUAUGAAGAAUCAUUUGCCUCCUUAAAGAACCAAAAUCUUGAGUGCCAACCUUUGCUCAACACAAUGGGGGAACACUGUCGCGUCUACCGCAGACGUUGGGUCAUGCUCUGCCUGUUUGCUCUGUGUUCUUGCGCGAACGCUACUCACUGGAUCCAAUACUCCAUCAUAGCGAACGUCUGCAUGUAUUACUACGAUGUAAGUGCUCUCUACAUCAACUGGACCUCCAUGAUAUACAUGGCAGUUUACAUCCCUCUGGUGUUUCCGGCAUCGUGGAUAUUGGAGCGGCAGGGACUGCGAGUGUCAGUGAUACUAGGUGCGGCGAUGAUGUGUGUAGGGGCCUGGAUCAAAGUGUGGACGGCACAGCCGGACCAGUUCGCCCUCACCUUCCUCGGUCAGCUGAUUGUCGGUGUAGCGCAAAUGUUCACUCUGGGCGUCCCUGCGCGCCUUGCUGCCAUCUGGUUUCCCCAGCAUCAAGUAUCAACAGCAUGUGCCAUUGGAGUCUUUGGAAACCAGUUGGGGAUUGCCAUCGGGUUCCUGGUUCCCCCGGCAGUGGUGGAUGAUGUCAAGGACAAGGAAGUGAUCGGAGAGCAGCUGCACAUGUUGUAUUUUGGCAUGGCUCUUGCAGCCUCCAUCGUACUGUUACUGCUUGUGCUGUUGUUUGAAGCUCGCCCACCCCUCCCACCCAGCAUGGCCCAGCUGAUUGCACUCAAGAAGGCAGGUGAGGGUGAAGGGGGACACUACCUCUCUUCCAUCCGACAGUUGCUGCAAAACCGGGACUUCUCCCUGUUACUGGUCAGCUUUGGACUCAACAUCGGAGUAUUCUACGCCUACUCCACACUUCUCAAUCAGGAACUUGUCUCUUUCCCGGAAGGGUUUCAACAUGCCGGGCGAGUUGGUCUGACUCUGGUGGUGGGAGGAGUGAUCGGUUCUGUUGUCUGGGGUGUUGUCCUUGACAAGACCCAUAUGUACAAGGAGACCACUCUGGGUAUCUACAUCAUGGCUGUAGUAGGAAUGCUCGGUUACACCUUUGCUCUGUACUCCCAACAUCUGGUUUUGGUGUAUGCUACUUCUGCAUUUCUGGGAUUCUUCAUGAAUGGCUACCUGACAGUAGGCUAUGAAUUUGGAGCAGAAUUGACCUUCCCACAUGCAGAGACCACAACAUCUGGCCUGUUGAAUGCUGUGGGGGAACUGUGUGGCAUGGCAUCGGUGCUGGGUGCAGGUGCAAUGCUGGAGCCGUAUGGUUCCACAUUUACCAACCUUGCCUUGACAGUCAUCCUGGCCAUGGGGCUGGUGCUCAGUAUGCCGAUAUCCAAGACCAAGUUACGACGAUUGGCUGCCAGCAAAGUUAGACCUGAGGAAAACCACUUGCACAUCUUUCAAGAGUAAUUGAUCACCAGCUCGGGUUAUUAAUUAAAGGGCAAUCUUAAUGAUUUCAGCUAAAGAUGCCAGUGUUUACUUUUACAAUCUUCAACGACUCACUGUUGUCUGUUGAUUUUUUGGUUUAUAACAACUGUUUGUAUCUCAUACUUUGGUGCUAUGAAACUAGUCGAAAAUAAUCCGCCCCUUCAUGACUAGAGGUUGCAAGCCCAAGAGUUAAAUCGUAUCUGUUCUCUUAACAGAAAUAUUUCAGUACAUAUAUAAAUAAAUAUACUUUUCAUCCUUUAAAAUGAAGUAAUAUUUUAUUGGCAUAUUCAAUACAUGGCAAAAUAUUAUUUGAAAAUCUAGUAACAUGUAAUACUUUGUUGAGUUUUAUUUAAUUGUGUUAGUUGCCUUGUUAUGCUAUAUUUUUACCAAUUCAGAGAGUUUGACUAUCUAUUGGAAAUAUUUACUUGUACAUUUAAACCGUAAGGUUCAGUUUAAAAAAUAUAAAAAUAAAAUUUUACUAGGUUAUUGUCAAAACAAACUUCAUACCCAUGGAAAGAAUUAACAUAGCAUUUAAAAAUUUCUUUUCAACAUUUAUUAAGAGUUACCUUAAGUACUUACAAAUAUUAAGCAAUACGGAACAAGUUUAAUAUUUGGAUAUAUUGAUUUCACUUUUACAUGCUCUUCUGAUUGUCUUUACAACUUAUACUGCAAUGUUAAUUUUUUCGAGAAAUGUUUUUUUUUUCUUGGGUUAGAUUUAAGUUGUUGUUACAUUUAUAAGCUUGGUGUUUUUAUAUCUAUUUUUAUAGAAUGAUCUUUAUUUAAAUAAUCAACAUAUAUGUUUAAAACUUUUGUGGUUGUGAUUGCUGAACUAGUAUUAUAUUGUAUUUUUCUCUUGCAAUUUUCUUGUUAGUACAAAAUACUUAUACCAUUUGCCGCUACAUAUCAUGGAGUUUUAGGAUUAAUACUCCAACCUAGGUAGUAAUUAGUUUGUUGUACUGUUGUUGCACAAGUGAUUCAUUAGAUUUUAAUAAUGCACAGUUAGGUCAUGUUUAGUAUAGAUUUUACUAAUAUUAUUCUUAAGUCAUUUAAUGUUUUUUAAUCAACAUUUUGUAGUAUUCAAUAUCAUGUUACUCUGCAGGCACAAAAACAACAUUCAUUAAGGAGAAAUAAGAAAAUAAUUUCGUUAGCAAGAAAUAAAAGUAUAGAACCACAACAAGAUGAUUUUUGCUUUCAAUUUUGUAUAUUUUUGAAAUAUGGCAAGACUAAUAGAAAUUAACGAUGGCUUGUCUUUGAUCUAUUAAAAUCAGCUGAGUGACUUGUGAAAUAGUUGUUUCUAAGGUCUGAACUGGAUAGAAUCAGGUAAAUAUGAUGAUUGAUUUUUGAUAAUAGUAAUUCAUUAAUGAGGCAGUGGAACUUGUCAGUAUUUCUAUGGAACAUAACAAAUUUAAAUAUGAAUCGAUUCCUAAAACUGCAAUUUCUGUAAAUGGAAACAUCCUAUAAAUGACUUUUAAAA